AUGUUGAAGGACUCUAUACGGAGCGAUCAUGCAUUCCAAAACCAGAAUGAUGGUAAUAAUCCACUGCCAAAAAGAAAAGAUGAUAUCUCUAUGAGAAACUUCCGUCCUACAAUCGAAGUCGACGGAUGCCCGGCUUGGGAUGAGGAUAUAUGGGUGGAGCUUCGUAUUGGAGAGGCCCAUCUGGAAGUUUCAGCUUCAUGUGCAAGAUUCGUUUUGACUACUGUAGACCCAGUGAAAGGAGAAAUGACAAAGAAAACCAGCAGCUGA